GACCCAGAGAAGAUCUUUGGCAAAAAUGAAAUCCCGCAACCUCAAACACCAAUGCCUCGACGCUCUUCCUUCUACCGUCAACGCUCUCUUCUCCCUUCGCUUCUCUUCAUCUGCUCUGCAAAGCGCCUGCGACCAAUCCCAACUUGCAAUCACCCCGCAGAUGCUGCUGAGUUCGGUCCAGUCUUCGCAGUGGCAUUUCGUCAAACAGGUCUCCGACCGCCUCACUCCCUCCCUAAUCUCGACCACUCUCUCAGCUCUCGAGAAAAGGCCCGAACUUGCUCUUGAGUUCGUGACCCGCAUCGACACUAGGUGCUUAGAUACGAGAACCUCCUGUCUCGCGCUUGCCAUCGUUUCGCGUCUCCCGGAUCCGAAGCCCGCGUUGCAACUCGUGAAGAAGAUCAUUGGCAGCGUUGAUGCCACUGUAAAAGAGGCCUUUGAUGAACUGGUCAGCUUACGCCGCCAAUUGGGCACGAAAAGUAGCAUUGCAUUUGAUUUCUUGAUAAGGGCUUGUUGUGAAAUGAAGAUGUGUCAUGAGGCAUUGGAGUGCUUUGACAUGAUGAAAGAGAAGGGCAUCUUGCCAAAGACCGAGACUUGUAAUAGCAUGUUGAGUUUGUUACUGAAGUUGGACAGGAGGGAGACUGCUUGGGUUUUGUAUGCUGAGAUGUUCAAGUUGAGGAUAAAAUCGAGCGUCCACACUUACAACAUAAUGAUUAAUUUGUUGUGCAAGGAGGGAAAGUUGAAGAAGGCAAAGGAGUUUGUUGGUUGGAUGGAGGGUUUGGGUAUAAAGCCUAAUGUGGUCACAUACAACACAUUAGUGCAUGGGUAUUGCUCGAAAGGGAGGGUUCAAGGUGCUCUAAUGAUUUGUAAUGAAAUGAAAGCUAAAGGCAUCGAACCGGAUUCCUAUUCCUAUGGACCAAUCAUUAAUGGGAUGUGUAAGGAGGGGAGACUUGAUGAGGCAUCCAAAUUUCUGGGUAAAAUGUUGGAAAUUGGGUUAGUCCCCAGUGCUGUGGUGUAUAAUGCUUUGAUUGAUGGGUACUGCAGCAAAGGGGAUUUACAGACAGCUCUUAGUUAUAGAGAUGAGAUGGUUAGGAGGGGUGUGCAGCCCACUAUUUCGACAUUUAAUUUGCUUAUUCAUGUUAUGUUAAUGGAAGGAAACACUCUUGAAGUUGAUAACAUGAUGAGAGAAAUGGGUGAAAAAGGGAUGGCUCCCGAUGCCUUCACUUACAAUAUACUCAUUAAUGGGUAUUGCCAGUGUGGCGAUGCUAAAAAGGCCUUUUCUCUUCGUGACGAGAUGUUGGUUAAAGGGAUCCAGCCCACCCAAGUAACUUAUACCUCACUUAUUUAUGUUCUGGGUAGACGGAACAGAAUGAAAGAAGCAGAUGAUUUAUUUGAGAAAAUAAUAGGUGAGCGUAUUAGUCCAGAUGUUGUGAUGUUUAAUGCAAUGAUCGAUGGACACUGUACUAAUGGGAGCAUGGAGCUUGCGUUUUCACUUUUGGAGAAAAUGGAUCGAUUCAAGAUUAGUCCUGAUGAAGUCACCUACAAUACGCUAAUGCAAGGACUUUGCAAGGAGGGUAAAGUUGAACAAGCACGUGAGCUUCUAGGCGUGAUGAAAAGAAGAGGGAUAAAGCCUGAUCACAUCAGUUACAAUACUCUGAUCAGUGGUUAUAGUAGACGUGGCGACAUGAAUGAUGCUUUUAGGACACGGGAUGAGAUGUUGAGUGUUGGAUUCAAUCCCACACGUCUCACUUACAAUGCCCUUAUUCAAGGUUUAUGCAAGAAUAAGGAAGGAGAUUAUGCAGAAGAACUCCUCAAGGAAAUGGUUAAUAAAGGCAUCACUCCAGAUGAUGGCACUUAUAUUUCCCUGAUUGAGGGAAUGGGGGAAGUUCAUAGACUGAAGGAAAUGGUGACUCUUGAGUACUGAGCACAAGAAAUUAUCCUAUCUGGUGAUAGCAGAGAGGUGUUUGGGAAGAAGUCUGGUUGAGAGUGCUCUUUUUGCCACCAGGUGUCGGGGAAAGGAAAUUCCUCAACCAGUGAGGGAUAGUCAUGAUGGGGUUUACAAGUUAUUUCCGGAUGUAAUUAAGGCAAAGAGGGUGAGACUUUGCUUGACAAAUGGGUCAACAAUUCGAGUCAUUCUGCCAUUUCGUAGGACACUCCCUUCCAUUACAUGAUCUGGAUCACCAGGGGAAAUAGCAAUAUAGCUUUUUCAGACUUUCAUAACUCAUGGACUGGUUAUACAUCUUACUUCCAACAUGGGAGUGCUAAGAGUAGCAUUUGGGAACACGGACCCAGCGUAUGGGAAAUACUGCAACAAGUUGUGCUAUGGCAUCUUGUAUAGCCGAACAGAGAACAUACUCUGCAUAGAUUAGGUAAUGGGUUGUUGAACUUAAGGAAUGUUGCUUGUUGAUUUCGUGGUUAUUCUCCUUGCUACCCAUGGGGUAUUUCUCUUUUAAAAUGUGUGACGGAUCCCAUUCAGGAGAGAUUAUCAAUGGGCAGCACUUCUUCCUUUAUAUACGACCGCAACCACAAGUUUCUGCUGCCCUUCUUCUUGCUAUAAGAGCAGCUGCAAAACAGGCACAGACGGUGAUAUGGAGACCACAUAAGUCCAAAGAAGAAUCAUUCGAGCAUUUGUCAUGUUAAAGAGAGAAAUGUAUGCCUAAAUAGAUGAGUUUGAUGAUGAACAAGUUAUAUCCCCAAACAAGGCUCCUUCUUCAAAAGAUGUU